AUGUCGUGGAACGCAUACACUGAUAACCUUACUGCCACCGGAAAAUUUGAUAAGGCUGCCAUCUAUGGUGCGGACGGAUCAGCUGCCUGGGCAAAGACCAAUGGUUUUGAUUUGCAGCCAACAGAAAUUUCAGAGGUGGUUAACGGAUACAGCGACGCAUCCAACCUUUGGGCAUCUGGAUUGCACAUUGAGGGACAGAAAUACUUCUGCAUCAGGGCAGAUGACAGGUCAAUUUACGGAAAGCAUGACGCGGAAGGUGUUAUGUGCGUUAAGACAAAACAGGCGAUCUUGAUUGCACAUUACCCAGGAGGUGUUCAACCAGGUGAAGCGGCCAAGAUUAUCGAACAGUUGGCUGACUACUUAAUCAAGCAAGGAUAUUAA